AUGAGUGAGGAUGGCAUCACCCCCUACAAGGAGAUCCUCCAGAUGUGCUGGGAGAGAGCGAAGAGCUUCGUGAACGUGCGCUGCGAGGGGCUCGAGCCCUGGCAGCUGAUUGCGCUGACGGUCGCGUCCACUCUUGCUGCGCUCUGGCUACAUGGCUUCCUCUUCCAGGCCGAGAGUUUAACAUCCCGAAUGAAGAAAAAGUUCUUCAAGCUCUUGCGGAAAACACCUUUUGUUGGGACGGUUAUUCAAAAGAAGAUUGAUGAAGCCCUGGUUGAUAUCACCUCCAGCUUGUCCUUUCUCAGGGAUGAGAAGGACUAUAUCAAAGCGCUGCCGGAGCUAGGCAUGAGCCAGUCUGAAGUGCUUGAGAAGAUGAAAGAGUACAGCUCGAAAGGUGACAUACGCUGGGAGGAGGGCAAAGUCUCGGGGACCGUGUACAGCGGCGAAGAGAAGCUCACCCGUCUGCUCGUGAGGGUGUACGAGGAGUUUGCCUGGAGUAACCCUCUCCAUCCGGAUAUAUUCCCAGGUUUGAGGAAGAUGGAAGCGGAGGUGGUGAGGAUUGCCUGCACGCUCUUCAACGGGGGCCCCAACUCCUGUGGUGCUGUGACGUCUGGGGGCACCGAGAGCAUCCUGAUGGCCUGCAAGGCAUACAGGGACCUGGCAUACGAGAAGGGUAUCAGACGCCCAGAAAUGUUGGUGCCGAUGAGCGCCCACGCAGCCUUUGACAAGGCAGCGCACUACUUCGGGCUCAAGAUGGUCCAAAUCCCCCUGACCAAGAGCAUGGAAGUGGAUGUUCAGGCCAUGAGGAAAGCCAUUUCAAAAAACACAGCCCUGCUGGUCUGCUCUGCUCCCCAAUUCCCCCAUGGCAUUAUGGACCCCAUUGAAGAUGUAGCCAAGCUGGCAGUGGAAUACAAGAUCCCCUUCCAUGUGGAUGCCUGUCUGGGUGGCUUCCUCAUCGCCUUCAUGGAGAAGGCCGGCUUCCCUCUGAAGCACCGCUUUGACUUCCGUGUGAAAGGUGUCACCAGCAUUUCUGCCGACACCCACAAGUACGGCUACGCUCCCAAGGGCUCCUCCGUGGUGCUCUACAGUGACAAGACAUACAGGAGCUACCAGUACUUCGUGGCGCCCGACUGGCAGGGGGGCAUCUACGCUUCCCCCACCAUAGCGGGCUCGCGGCCGGGCGGCAUCAUUGCCGCGUGCUGGGCCACCCUGAUGCACAUCGGUGAAUCUGGCUAYGUGGAGGCCACCAAAAGGAUCAUCACAACAACUCGCUACCUCGAAUUGGAGCUGAGAAAAAUUGACAGCAUCUUCAUUUUUGGGAAGCCUGAGGUAUCUGUGCUCUCCAUUGGCUCGGACACUUUUGACAUUUAUCGAUUAUCCAAUUUUUUGUCGGCAAAAGGCUGGAACCUGAACAUCCUACAGUUCCCACCGAGCAUCCACCUUUGCAUUACACAGCUGCACACGCGGCCGGGGGUCGCCGACCACUUCUUGAAAGACGUCAAACACGGUGUCGAGGAGAUCAUGAAGGACGUCCACGCCAAGACCACGGGCAUGGGAGCCAUCUAUGGCAUGGCCCAGUCCAUCCCGGACCGGAGCUUGGUAGCGGAGAUUUCCCUGGCCUUCCUGGAUGGUCUCUACAGCACAGAUGCUCCUUGCAGCGACAAGCACAUGAACGGCUCUCCUAGUCACCGCUGACCGUAGUGCUGCGAUUGGGGCCUUUCCCGCUGGUGCCGGGGUGGCUCCAAUGUUGUUUUGGGGGCAGAGAUGGCAGUAGGUCUUAGUUCCCACAAGUGCAGGUCUGAUGGCAGCUUGGAACCCUCCUUCCCCACCUGUGUCUGCUGAGAAAUCUGUGUUAUUUUCAUGCCCAACUUCAGUUUUAGGGCUCUUCUCUUCCCCCUACCCGUUUGCAGCAGGAUUAUGGAUGGUGAGCUGAAUGGUCAUUCCACGAUUCCAAAUUCCUCAGGUUUUCUACAUGUUGCUUGGUUCCUCGCUGUUCUUCUCUUCAGACCUUAUAUUUGGCCAUUGUCUGGCCAAGGGGUAGAUUCUAGUCUGACGUUGUGUCCCAAAGCAUCGACCUUCCCAGAAGGUAGAAAAUAAAUUGUAUGUUUUGUUUUCUGAGUAUUCCUCCAAGCUACUGCAUUGAAUGGGCUUAGCUAGGAGCCUUGUAUCUGUGUGAUGCAGAGUUCAUGAACUGGCAAAAGAAAGGUGGUCAGGGAGUCUUUAAAAAAUACCCCCCUCAAGAGAUCUCAGAUCUGUUGGAGGGAAGAGGGGAAAAAAAAAAGGGCAGAAUCCUCUUCUGGAACCCCUUGAAUAGCAGCAGGAAUUGGAAGCAAGCGGGUGGUACAGGAGGAGGUACUGGAUGGUACUCCAAGUCAUAGGUACUUGGCAUCUGCUUUGCUUUAUUGCCUCUCCUAGAACACAUGUGCUUGCCACCUGGAUUGCUGCUGCAUGGGUCCAAAGGGAUGUGCAGAACAGCGAUCCUGCUGUUCGUMAUGUGAAGCUUUAGCACUGUCUCAAUGCUGUAGUGGAGUCGGUUGAGCCCUGGUGUGUCCUGUGGCUGCGGACUUUGUACACAAACAUACGGCGCCAAAGUUGACUUUUUUCCUAACAUCUUUUAGUAUGAAAAGGUGACUUUUUGUAAUAGAAAGUAGCAAUCGCUGCCUGCUCUUUGCACUGAUUCUUUUAAGGCACGUUCUCAAGAGGGCAUUCACCACUGUGCCUUGAUGCUCCCCGGCUUUCUGUGGGGCUGGGGGGUUCAGACUGCAACGUUUGCAGUCCUUUCCUUAUGGUACUAGGUUGAGAAUAACCUCCAGGGCAGACUGGCCGCCAGUAAAGCACGCUUGCCCAUAAGGUAGGAUUAUAGGCGUAUUGAGCCAAGCCCCUUCACAAUAUUGCAGAGAUGCUGGAAGGCAGGUGGUAGGAAGCACAUUGUGAGGAAUCUGAGCCUUGGGUGCUCACCCUUCCUAUUUUUUCCUCCACUAUUUUUGCUACGAGAGCUUCAACAGCACAACUUGUGAGGCCUUGAGGACCCACUGGAGUCCAUGGAGCUGUGUGCUAGUGGUGGGUUCUUCCUCCAGGGCUUCCCUGUGCCUUCCUUCCCAGCUUCUGUGAGCCCUCUGCUGAGCCUUGUUGACUUGGCCCAGCUGGAACACAGGCUUGCACAACACUCAUUCUGCAUGGGAGGGUUGCUUAAUCAAGGGCAGCCUUGGGCCCCAUGCCUGCAGGGAGGAAUAUUUGCUUUUUAACAGGAUUGUUCUUCAGUGCUGUUGUGUUUUUGGCCACCUCCCGUCUCAUUCAAUUGCUGGCAGUAUUUUUGUCUCUUUUGAAAGCCCUUUUGAAAGCAGACGCUCUUGCUGGUGUUACCAGCUUGGGUGGCCAGCAUUAGUGCUGGAGCUGAUUAUUCUGUUCACAUCUUGCCAAUGUGACUGGUGGUGUUGUGAUUUGGAAAGGGAUUCUGCAGCGUCUGGCUGCUGUGAGGGUUUUCGCUGAGAUUUGGAAAACAAAGCAGGGAAAUGGUCUCUUUCUGCUUUAAAAGAAGGGCUGGGGAGGGGAACAGUUGGAAUAGGGAUGGGGGAAACACYCUUCCCUUCCCUACUUGUGUCCUCCUCUGAGGAAGCAGAUGGACUUGAUGGAUCAGUGCUCCAUUUCACAUUUCUGAAUGUAUUUGAAGAUGUUUGCAAGUUGAUGUACUCCAUUCUGGGCUUUGCCUACUAGUAAUACUUGCGGAUUGUUUUAUGUGCAUUUGUUCUCUACUGUAAAUGUCAUCUUCCUGUGGUCAGGAGGAGACCCCUGUACUUCACUGUGUAGCUUUGUUCACCCUUGCCAUCUCAUGUAAUCUGCAUCUCCUUGACCAUGCCACCUGGUCUUAGAAAAAUGAUGAGACUAAGAGGCUGUACAGUUGUUUAAAAGAAGAAUUUUAUGGACUGAAUUAUGCUCU